CAUUGUCGGGAUACCAUGGAUCCGUCCACCAUGUCACUUCUCCCUGGGAUCUAUGUCCACGGGCACAACGCAAGCUAAACAAAAGCUUCAAAAUAAACAUUAACCCUUUUUUGGAAUUUUACGUCAGCGGUGAAAAUCAAAGCAUUCUAGAACUCCAUUGUUACAUCCGCAUUGGAAUGUUCAGUUAAGAACAUUCUAAUCACGUAUUUGUGAUCGUACACCUUACAGGGUUAAAGAAUGUGGCAAUGAGACAGAAUCCUUUAAAGCUGUAUGCACAAUCCAGUUAUUCUAGUAGGCCUGCAGAGAGCAUUUCUGUCCAGCCUUAUUGAGCUGUUAAUCUGUAAUUGAGUACAAAGGGCAUUGUGCAACAGCUGAGUCCUCUUGUGAACUUUAAAUCUGUGAUCUACACACAUUGUUCUGCGCACAGCAAUACUUUAUAUUCAGUGAGCUGCCAUUUCAUCAGAGAUAGUUCUCUACAAUCCUCUUUGAAGAGAGGGAGUGCGCUGUGCGGAAAUGGCGAUGGUCUGUCUGACCGACUUUGAGGAGUACGCCAGGGAGCAUCUCUCCAAGGCCACCUGGGACUACUACGCAGCUGGGGCAGACGAGUGCUGCACCAGGGAUGACAACCUGCUGGCGUACAAACGGAUCCGGCUGCGGCCGCGGAUCCUGAGGGACGUGUCCAUCAGCGACACCAGGACCACGGUGCAGGGCACCGAGAUCAGCUUCCCCGUGGGCAUCGCGCCAACCGCCUUCCACUGCCUGGCCUGGCACGAGGGCGAGAUGGCCACUGCCAGAGCCACAGAGGCAGUGAACACUUGUUAUAUUACCAGUACCUACUCCACUUGCUCAGUGGAGGAGAUUGUUGCCGCUGCGCCCAACGGGUACCGCUGGUUCCAGCUGUACGUGUACCGCAACCGCAAGGUGUCAGAGCAGAUCGUGCACCGCGUGGAGGCGCUCGGCUACAAGGCCCUGGUCCUCACCGUGGACGUACCGUACACCGGGAAGCGCCGCAACGACAUCCGCAACCAGUUCAAACUGCCACCGCACCUCAAGGUCAAGAACUUCGAUGGAGUCUUUGAGCAGGCAUCUGUGGGUGCAGUUCCUGAACAUGUCUGUUUGCGACCUUCCCUGCAGGAGAACGCAGGUCCUGAGGAGUACGGGAUCCCAGCCAACACUCUGGACCCAUCCAUCAGCUGGAAGGAUGUCUAUUGGCUGCAAUCCCUUACCCGCCUGCCAAUCAUCAUCAAGGGAAUCUUGACCAAGGAAGAUGCAGAGCUGGCGGUGGAGCACGGAGUGCAGGGCAUCAUUGUGUCCAAUCAUGGGGGCCGGCAGUUGGACGGAGGCCCCGCCACGAUAGAUGCGCUGUCUGAGAUUGUGGACACGGUUCAAGGCAGGAUCGAGGUCUACCUGGACGGAGGGAUCCGUACGGGCAGCGACGUGCUGAAGGCCGUGGCCCUUGGAGCCAAGUGCGUUUUCAUCGGCAGGCCGGCAGUGUGGGGCCUGGCGUACAAGGGCGAGGAAGGGGUCAGAGAGGUGCUGCAGAUUCUCAAUGAUGAAUUCCGCCUGUCCAUGGCACUCGCUGGCUGCCGGAACGUUGCUGAGAUCAACAGGAAUCUUAUUCAGUUCUCCAAACUUUGAGCUGAAAGCACAGCACUGGCCUGCAGUAUGUUACAUUUCUAACUGCCAGUUAUUCUGUCAACACACAUCACAGCUGAUCGUUCUACCUCCACUACUGCACGGAGCCCUGGAGGAGAAAAAUGACCUUGGUUCAGGAACAGUACAAGACAAAUUAUAUUAAUAUUAUAUCUAUAUAUAUAAGACUAUAUAUACA